GCGGAUCUCCUAUAACCUCAUCUGUAACUGUUUACACCGCUAUUCCGCGUCCGUACCAUUCAUCAUCUUCAUUUUCACUAUCCGUAUAAUAAGUAUCAUCUCCUUAUCGCCAUCCUUCGAUCACGUUUGCGUGUGUAUAAAUUUCGGAAUGUUCCGCGCAGACAACCAACAACGCUGGUCGUGAGUGUUCGUGAGUGGCGAAGAGGAGGAUGAAGAUGCUCUGGACGGCGAUGAUCGUCAUGAUCCUGUCCAGCGUGCUGGCUGUCACCGCCGCCUUACAUUCCUCGACCGCUUUGAACGGCGGCGGUGAUACCCUUGCUCAUCAUGGUCGUUGCGAGCCCAUCACCAUCAAUCUCUGCAUGAACAUCCCGUACAACGAGACAAUCAUGCCGAAUUUGAUGAAUCAUCAGAAGCAGGAGGACGCCGGCCAGGAGGUGCAUCAGUACGUACCGCUUGUUAAGAUGAAGUGCAGCCCGGAUCUGCGUUUCUUCCUGUGCACUGUCUACGCACCUGUCUGCACCAUCAUCGAGAAGGCGAUACCGCCGUGUCGAUCGCUCUGCGAAAGCGCCCGUUCCGGUUGCGAGGGAUUGAUGAACAGCUUUGGUUUUGCAUGGCCAGAGGCUUUAGAUUGCUCCAAGAUGCCGGAAAAUGACGGCACGGAGCUUUGCGUAGGUAACAACGAGACUGCGACGCCACGAGAACCAGUCGCACCAGUUUAUCCUCCACCCCGUAUGCCAGUAGCGGAGUUUCAGCCAACUUGGAACGAGGGUUCUAAGCCUUACGGCGGUAGCGGUGGUUUCGCUCUAGGUGCCAGAGACUUUGGCUUUGUCUGUCCUGUCCAGUUUAAGAUUCCUCAUGGAUUAGGAUAUUCGCUAAAGGUCGGAGACAAAAUGGAACAUGAUUGCGGGGCACCUUGCGAUGGCAUGUUCUUUACUGAAAGGGAGAGAAGAUUCUCGAGAGUGUGGGUCGGCACUUGGGCUUCUAUUUGUGCAGCUUCGUGCUUUUUUACCUUCCUGACAUUUCUCAUUGAUACAGAUAGAUUUAGGUAUCCCGAGAGGCCUAUUAUUUUCUUGUCUGUAUGUUAUUUGAUGGUAGCAUUGACUUACGUGAUUGGUUGGGCAGCGGGCAAUUCUAUAGCCUGCAGAGAGCCAUUUCCACCACCUAUGGGUAUUCGAAUACAGAUGGCAUCGACGAUCACACAGGGUACUAAGCAUGAAUUGUGCACUGUACUCUUCAUGGUUCUUUAUUUCUUCGGCAUGGCAUCCAGUAUCUGGUGGGUCAUCCUUACUCUCACGUGGUUCCUGGCUGCUGGAUUAAAAUGGGGACAUGAAGCGAUCGAGACCAACUCGCAGUAUUUUCAUCUGGCCGCCUGGGCUGCUCCAGCAGUGAAGACUGUUACUAUCUUGGCGAUGGGAAAAGUGGAAGGCGAUAUAUUAUCUGGAGUAUGCUAUGUCGGUCUUUGGAACGUGGAAGCUCUUCGGGGUUUUGUACUGGCACCGCUAUGUGUCUAUCUUUUACUGGGUACCGCGUUCCUUCUGGCGGGUUUCGUGUCGCUCUUUCGCAUCCGCACAGUGAUGAAGCAUGAUGGUACAAAGACAGAUAAGCUUGAAAAACUUAUGAUUCGCAUCGGGAUUUUCUCUGUGCUCUACAUCGUACCUGCUCUGAUCGUAAUCGCCUGUCUAUUUUACGAGCAAGCGUAUUUCGAUCAAUGGAUGCUUACAUGGAAUAUGGAAAUGUGCUCACGCCCAGGUCCGCAAUCUCUUUAUUCUUUGCCGUGCCCGGUUGGUGAACGUAUCCGCGAUCUUGGUCGCAAACCAGAGUUCGAGGUUUUUAUGAUCAAAUACCUCAUGGCGAUGAUUGUCGGUAUAACCAGCAGUUUCUGGGUAUGGUCCAAGAAAACGCUCACUAGUUGGCAGCAAUUCUUCCAUCAUAUACGAGGUCGCCGCGCCGAGGCCUAUGUUUAAAAUCGGAGGGUUGCAUUUACUCCCAUCAAUAUCUCUAUAUUCCUUUUAUAAUUUCGAAAAAUCGUAAACUUUAAAAUGAUCAUAGAGAUUGAUAAAAUUUUCAAAAACAUUUUGAUAUGAACAAAAUAAUGUUCUUCAGCAUAAAUUUUUAUGUAGACUUUUUGCUAAACAAAAUAUUUAUACGACUAAAAGGGUAAAAAUAUUUUCAGAAUAGAGGAAAAUGUUUAUGACGUCAUAAGUUUUAUAAUAAUGAUGCUAAAAUGCAUAUACGUUCAUUUAUUCAAUAAUCGCGUUAGCAGGAGUAAUGCUAGACUUGUCGGUAUUGUUUUUUCGCAUAAUGUAAAAAACGUCAUUUUUCAUUAUAAUAAGUUAGUAUUACAAUCAGUAUCCAAUUAGCUUUUAAUAAAAAUAUUAGUUCAUUAUUUAAAACAUUGAUGAAAAAAAUCUAAAAAUUUUUUAAAAUCUUUUCUACAUAUUUUAUUUAUAUAUGUACACAUUAUUUAUAUUAUAAUUAUCUUGCGGUCUUUCUAACUUUUGGGAAUCCCUACUUUGUAGUAAUCAAAUCAGAUUUGAAUCAAGCUAGCAAUAAUACUUCAUAUAUAUUUCGUAGUUUCCUUAUGAAUAAUUAAAGGCGUGCAUUAAUGUGCAUCGCGGUGCCAAAUAAGUUUUUUGUCUCUGACGUUUCUCUAUCGUGUGAUCUAUAGUUCUGUGAGAUAUUCGGACUAAAUAUCAGUCAGUUUAAAAGUAUUAUUAUAUAUGUUUGUUUUUUUAUUUUUUUUUAAUAGGAUGAUUUGUGUGGUCUCUUUUUUUAAUAAAUUUUUAAUAAAUGUGACUCUAUAUUUAAAUUAAAUUAAAUGCUGUAUUCAAAUGCUGUAGCAGACAAAUCAAAUGUUCAAAGUUUUUAAAGCAGCUAAUCGGAUCUGGGAAUCCGAUAUGAUGAUAAGGAUUAAGAUUUUAAUAGCAAAUUCGGUUGAAUGUAUCUAAUGCGCACUGGUGCAUAUUAUAUUAUACAUAAAUUGAUAUAACACACACAUUAAGCAAUUGGAUUCUCUAAAUAGUUCAGCAUAAGUUAUCACAUUAGGUUGCAGAAUACUUUUCAGCAAUCAAGGCACUUAUGUAUUAUAUAUUUACUAAUAUAUCUAUAUAUAUUAUUAAGUAUGACAAGCUUUAGUUCCACCAGUGCACAUAAUCUUUACAUCUAAUCGAAUUCAGGAGAGAAACGAUUCGAUAGAUCCUAUAAGGAUUAAGAUUUGCAGAUUUUAAUAAUUGUGAAUCGAAUUUCAUACUGCCAAAUUUUUCGAAUUCUGAUUUUAUUUGAUAGAGAACUGAAAUCUAUUACGCUUAAUUUGUACGAGGCGCACAUUUAGGGAAAUAAAAAAAUGCAAUAAUACUCAAGCGAAGACUUUAACGGUAUGGCACUUGUCAGCCGUUUCUUCUUUUUUUUUCCAUUUUUAUACUCGUUAAAGAUAAACUUUUUCGACGCUCGAUCUUUUUUCCGCGCGACGAAUUUAUUAUCGUCUGGACUAUAUAUAAUGUCGAAUAUCAAAAUCGCGUCUUGAAUUUCAACGAGAUUAGCUUGUAAGAUAUGCUCGUAACCGUGCUAAUUUAGGUUUAUACCAACGUUGUAUAUAAUUAUAUGCGUUCUUUAAUUCUACUACUCCAUGUAUUAUAAUAUAUUUUUAAAGAACUCUGUACAUAUAUAUACAUCAACAUGUUAUGUAUGAUUAAAUUUGCGCGAAAUAACUGCGAAUUCGUCCAAACUGAAAUUGCCGAGCUUUUGUCUACGAAAAUUUCGUGUUACAAAAAUGCGAUAUACAUUUGCGUGAUCAUAUUGUGCGAUUAUGUAUCGACUUUGUCGAAUAUGCAAGAUAUAAAUUUUAUGGUCGCUAUAUUCUUUAUAUAAUAAACGAAAAAUGCGUAUA